UAUUUGAGCUUAACCAAUUAUAGGUUCCGAUCGACAGUCGAGAACUCUUGAAGAGAAUGGCUCCUAAGGCGAAGCCAAAACCCAAAAUCAAUGCCCAAGCGGCUGUUUCACAGCCUGAUCAGCCAACGAUCUCCAUUGAAGAGCUGUUUACUAGCUUAGAGAAAGCCAGCAAAGGCAACGAUUACAAGCAAAUAAUCAAAAUAGCAGAUGAGAUUCUGGGUGCGGCUCCUGCGGACCAGGAUGCGUUGCAUUGCAAGGUGGUGGCCCUCAUUCAAUCCGACCGUGUCGAUGAGGCUCUCGCCCUCAUUCAUGCUUCCUCCCAUUUCCCCAUCGAUCUCACAUUUCACAAGGCGUAUUGCUUGUAUCGGCUGAAUCGAUUGGAUGAAGCAUUAGCAGCCUUAAAAAGUCUUGAAUCAGACUCCAAUGUUUUGCAGUUAGAGGCACAAAUACUUUAUCGUCAAGGCGCAAUGGAUUUAUGCAUAAGUAAGCAUGAGAAGCUUAUCCAGAAGUUCAAGAUUGAUUCCAUUGAGCUAAAGACAAAUAUUAUUGCUGCAUUCAUUUCUGGUGGAAGGUCUCCAGAAGUCUCUUCCCUAAUGGGGACAAUGAAAGUAAACCCUAAUAGCAGCUUUGAGCUGGCAUAUAAUGCAGCUUGUGCUCUUAUUGAGAAAAGUAGCUUUGCAGAAGCUGAAGAGCUUUUGCUUCUUGCACGCAGGAUUGGCCAAGAGAUGUUGAUAGAAGAAGAAUAUACUGAUGAAGAAAUAGAAAACGAAUUAGCACCCAUAUCUGUUCAGCUUGCAUAUGUGAAACAGGUUUUAGGGACAUCUGGGGAUGCAAUAACAACCUAUAACAAUAUCCUAAAACAAAAGCUGGCUGAUUCUUCAUCAAUUGUAGUGGCGACAACUAAUCUCAUUGCACUCAAGGGUACAAAGGAUGUUUCUGAUGGUUUGAAGAAAUUAGACAAAUUAAUUGAAAAAAGUGAUGGAGGACAAGGAUUGCAGCUGGUUGAUGGCCUUGAGUAUAAGCUCUCAUCUAGGCAGAAGGAAGCAAUCUAUUGCAAUCGCUUGCUUUUGUUGCUUCAUGCAAACAAGUUAGACCAGGCGCGAGAACUAGUAUCUGCCCUGCUCAGCAUGUUCCCAGAUAGUUUGAUGCCAAUUUUGCUUCAGGCAUCCUUAUUGGUUAGAGAAAAUAAACCUAAUCGAGCAGAAGAAAUUUUAGGACAGUUUGCUGAAAAGCACCCAAAUUAUACUACAUUGGCACUUCUUACGCAGGCACAAGUUGCUACAGCUGCUGGCCAUUAUCUGGUGGCUGUUGAGUCUUUGAGACGGAUCCAUGAAAUACAAAACCAACCUGGUACUGUUGCUACCAUGGUAUCUUUGAAAGAGAAGGCAGGUGAUGUUGAUGGGGCAGAAGCUAUACUUGACAGUGCUAUAGACUGGUGGAACAACAACAUGGGAGAGGAUAAACAAACUUUGGAUUUGAUAAUGCAUGAAGCAGCUUCCUUCAAAUUCAAACAGAAGAAGGUGAAAGCAGCAGGUGAUUUGUUUGAACAGCUUGUCAGAAGCUCUUCACUUGUUGUUCGUGCAGAAGCUUUGACUGGGCUUGUAUCUGCUACAGCUCAUACAGAUCCUGUUAAAGCAGAGGUUUAUGAAAAGCAACUCCCACCCCUGCCAGGUCUAUCAAGUGUUGAUGUAAUAGCAUUAGAAAAAACACCUGGUGCGAAUCCCACUUUGACAGGAAAACACCUUCGGGCUGAAGAUGCUGCUAAAAUGUCUGAACUAGGAGAAGAUAAAAAUAAAGCCAAAUUAAGAAGAAAACGCAAGAGAAAACCUCGAUAUCCUAAAGGUUUUGAUCCAACCAAUCCAGGCCCACCACCUGAUCCAGAAAGAUGGCUACCAAAGAGGGAGAGGUCUUCCUACAGGCCAAAGAGAAAAGAUAGAAGAGCUGCACAAGUAAGAGGUUCACAGGGGGCUGUUGUGAGGGAUAAACCUGUUGAUUCUUCAGCAAAUGGUCCUAGCAGCUCCAAAUCUGGUCAAGCAUUGGGAAAUGCUGGAAAGAUGACAAACACAAAGGCUAGCUCAGAACCUGCGAAGCCCUCCACUAGCAGUUCCCAAAAAUCCAAAAAGAAAUCACGUAGGUGAUUGAGAAGGAAACAAUGGAACCUUUUAACUUACAUUGCAUUUUUUAUAUUUUAUUGUGCAUUAGAUAAUAUCUUUAGUGAUUCCUUUAUCUCCAUCUUUAAGCGUUUUUGACUUGCCUUUAGUGAGAGGAAUGAACUUAAGGGAGUUCACUCAUAGUCCAAUUUUGGCCCACUUGAAUUCGAAAGGGUUUUAGUUUUUUGCAAUGUGUUGAUUUAUGUGUUUAAACUAUUUGAAAUUCUCGGAGUUAAAGCAUCACUUUUUAUUUUUCUUUUA